GCGCAACCGGUGUGUGACAAACGCUAACCACAUGUCGCUCGCGGCCGCUAGUGCUCGUAAACACGACCCAGGUCAAAACCCAAGAAGAAUCCUCAGGUUACCUAACUUCUUCACAAGAGUGAGGAUGGUGAACCGUAACGAACGACGCGCAGUGGCGUGUGUUUUGCUGGCGGUGACAGCGGUGGUCGCAGCAGCAUCAUACGAUCGAGAACGCCUUGAGAUAGCCAAGCAGAUACUUGAAGAAGUGCCACUUACUGAUGGGCAUAACGAUCUGCCAUGGAAUAUUCGCAAGUUCCUCCGUAAUCAAAUCAACGAGUUUGAACUGGACACAGACCUCACGCUGGUGGAACCAUGGUCUAAGUCGAAGUACUCGCAUACAGACCUGCCACGGCUGAGAGUGGGCAUGGUUGGAGCUCAGUUCUGGUCAGCCUUUGUCCCUUGUGCGGCACAAAAUAAAGACGCAGUGCAGCUAACCCUGGAGCAGAUUGAUGUUAUCCGACGUCUUGUUGCUAAAUACCCUCAGUACAUGAAACUCGCUACUUCGGUUACAGACAUCCUGGAGGCUCACAGUGCCAGGCCGCGGAAGAUUGCAUCUCUAAUCGGAAUCGAAGGUGGACACUCCAUCGGCAACUCCCUGGGGGUGCUUCGCAGUUUCUACCAGCUCGGUGUACGCUACAUGACACUGACUCACACGUGCAAUACACCAUGGGCUGAUUCUUCCAACGAACCACCUGCUAUGAACGGACUCUCGGAAUUCGGAGAGAAAGUAGUGCGGGAGAUGAAUCGUCUGGGCAUGUUGAUUGAUGUGUCGCACGUCGGUGAGAACAGCACUCGUGCUGCGAUCCGUCUGUCCAAAGCACCGGUUAUCUUUAGCCACUCGUCCGUUUACAGCCUGUGUCCGCAUAACAGAAAUGUUCCUGAUGAUAUAAUUCAGUCAAUGAAGGACAACGGAGGGAUAAUUAUGGUGAACUUCUUUCCGGACUUUGUCAAGUGUGCUCCAAAUGCUACUCUAUCUGAUGUCGCUGAACAUUUUCAUUACAUCAAGAGGAUGAUUGGUGCGGACCACGUCGGAAUAGGCGGUGACUUUGAUGGCGUUAACAGAGUCCCACGUGGAUUGGAAGACGUUUCCAGGUAUCCCGAAUUGUUUGCUGAAUUACUUCGAAGUGGCCAGUGGACAGUGCAAGAAUUGAAAAACUUAGCCGGUCUAAACAUUUUACGUGUAAUGAGACAAGUAGAAAAGAUUCGCGAUGAUAUGCGCACAAAUGGAGUGGAACCCGAAGAGCAUCCAGACUCACCCACCGACAACGGCAACUGUACCAGUAACGCUUUCUACAUUGAAUACGUCUAAAAUGUAAAUUUCUUACUUUGUAUGUAGCUGCCAAUAAUUUAACUAUCGACCUUAAAGAACUAUUACUUUUUUCGAAACAAAACAUAUUCGAUCUGAACAUCGCACUUGUAAAGUGAUCUCUAUUGGCAGCUAUGUAGAAAGAGUUAAUUGACAUUGCGACUGGAAUCUGAAUCAAAACCAUUGAUAUAGAUAUUAAGUAUGUGUAAAUGUAGUCCAUUCCUGUUUUUUCCAAUAAGUCUGUUUUAUAAAAGUGUCAUCAAGAGAGACUACGAAAUCAGUUCGGCGUCUCGGGAGCGUACUUAUUUAGGGAGCGAUAAUAUAAAGCUAUCUUAUUCUUUAAUUUAAUAUACUUAAGUAUGCACAGAACGAAGAACAGUUCACAUAUUUCAGUAAAAU